CGGGCCCCAAGAGUGGGGAGGCGUUGACCACGUCCUUGAGGCGGUUCCAUAUUAGCCAUGGAGGGUUCAAACUCACCCAAGACGUUUAGUACUCCAGCAGCAUCAAGUUCACAUCCUGAGCCCAUUGGACACGACGAAAACCUGGUGGAGACCAAUUCAAGGCUACUGAAGCGAGCCUUGCCAGAUAAUCUCGACGAGCAACCACAACCUCCUCUCAUGAAGCGUCUUCGAUCACAAGUAUCGCCGACAAUGUCUCCAAGCGCAGAUAAUGAUGGUUUGGCUAUCAACGGUGAGAAUCAUGCCGUCAACGGGGUAAAUGUCGAGAAUGUCGUUAUCGUUGGAGCAGGCCCAGCCGGGUUGAUGUUAGGGUCAAACCUGGCGAGAUAUGGUAUCAAAUCAAGACUACUCGACGACCGAGAGGACAAAACCUCAACCGGGCGCGCCGAUGGACUUCAGCCAAAAUCGAUAGAAACCUUCCGCCAGUUAAGGCUUGCCGAUUCUCUCUUGGCCAAAGGUGUCAAGAUUUACGACAUUUGCUUCUGGAAUGCAACGGCAACAGAACCAUUACAUCGCACUGGUCGAGAGGUUCAUUAUCCUUCUCAAGUUGACGUCAAAGACCCGUUCAUUUUACUCGUGCAUCAAGGAAUGGUCGAGGACAUUUUCAUUGAAGACAUGAGGGAGCGCGGAAUUGAGGUUCAAAGAAGCUCCCCCUUCACGCAUUACACUGCAGAGGCAGAUAUCCACGAGCCCAUUAAAGCCUUUUACAAGGACAACAAGUCUGGCUCUGUACAGUCAGUACAAACGCACUACCUUGUUGGAUGCGAUGGAGCCCACUCAAACGUCCGCAAGAGCAUACCUGGUGCUCAAAUGGUGGGCGAAAGUAGCAAUUCAAAGUGGGGUGUACUCGACGGUGUCAUUGAGACCGAUUUUCCUGAUCUGUGGAGCAAGGUCGUGAUUCACUCGGAAACCGCCGGUACUGUCCUAUGCAUUCCUCGAGAAAGGAACAUGACCAGACUGUACAUUGAGCUGGAUCGCUCUCUGAACGAUGCGGUUCCGGCAGAAGCAACGCAGGAACUCGUUAUGAAGAAGGCCCAACAGAUCAUGGCUCCUUUUAAUGUCACCUGGUCCACUGUUGAAUGGUUUGGCGUCUAUAAAGUCGGCCAGAGAGUGGCCAGCACCUUUACCGACGAAACUGAGCGGGUUUUCAUCACAGGAGAUGCAGGUCAUACCCACAGCCCUAAAGCAGCACAGGGAAUGAACACGUCAAUGCACGACAGCUUCAACUUGUCUUGGAAGCUCAAUCUUGCCAUUCGUGGCCUUGCAUCACCAGCGCUUCUGGCCACUUAUCAGGAUGAACGAAGAAAGAUUGCCCAGGACUUGAUCAACUUUGACUUCGAGCACGCAGCCGCAUUUUCAGUUGGUGACUCGAAAGCGUUGGCGGACAACUUUAAUACAAAUGUUGGAUUCAUCUCAGGCGUGGGUGCGAAGUAUUCUGCCAACGCUCUAAACUACCCCGAGCUCAGCCCAAGAGGUGUCUUGCGCGCCGGCGAGCUGCUGGCGCCUGCCAGAGUCAACCGAUAUAUUGACGCCAAUCCUGUCGACAUCCAGCUAGACAUUCCCAUGUUGGGUCAAUUCCGGGUCUACUUCUUCAUCCCUAGCAUCCACACCGCCGCCAAAUUCCUUUCUGGUGUCUCUCAGUACAUCACUUCCACCGCCUCGGUAUUGGGACGGUCGUCGCUCGCUGCUGCAAAGUCUUAUGCCACCCUCAACCUGCCAUCUGUAGAAUCUGACGAAUUCACACAGCCGGCACGAUAUACGACCGUGUCCAAGCUCUUCACACCGGCAGUGGUAACAACAAUGCCGAAGGCCCAGUUCGAGAUCGGAGAUCUUCCUUCGGCACUGCAAAAGAGCCGCUGGACCUUGUACCUUGACGACCUCAAGGAUGUAUCAACGGAGAAGAACUGUACCGAGAAAUGGAUCGGCUCGUUGGCCGCCGAGGAAGUUGCGAUCUUGAACGUCCGGCCGGAUGGUUAUGUCGGCAGUAUCCAACGGUUUGAUGCGAAUGGUGACGGUGCCGAUGCUUGUUUGUGGUUAGAUCAAUACUAUGGAGGCUUUUUGCGCGCUUAGACAGAGAUAGAUAUACCGUACAGAGACCUUGUUAUAAAG